AGCGCCCCCCUUGUGUGCUGUUUUGGGAAGCGGUAUCGUUAGAGCUGCUCGACGAUCAAAAGGGUAAUUUUCUUAAAUACAGGAUGCCUUUACCUCCAGCACUGCUGGCCCGAUUGGCCAAGAGAGGAAUUGUUAAACCAACAGAACAAGAGGCAGAUGAGGAGAUUAUUGCUGAAGAUUACGAUGACAACAAUGUAGAUUAUGAAGCCACCAGACUUGAGAAUCUACCACCAAACUGGUAUAAAGUGUUUGACCCUGCUUGUGGUCUUCCUUAUUACUGGAAUGUCGAGACAGAAAUGGUUGCCUGGUUAUCCCCAAAUGACCCAUCUGCUGUGAUAACAAAACCUGCCAAGAAAAUAAGAGCAGAGGGAGGAGAUGAAAGAGGCGAGAGGCAGGUUGAGAAACCAGACAGAGAGAGAGAACGACACAGAGAUCGAGAUCGGGAAAGGGAUCGAGAUCGGGAAAGGGAAAGGGAAAGGGACAGGGACAGAGACAGAGACAGAGAGCGUGAUGACGGGAGGGACAGAGACAGAAGAAAGCAGAGGAGAGAAGAUGUGGCACCGUAUAGCCGAAGCAAAAAAGGUAGAAAAGAUGACGAGAUGGACCCGAUGGAUCCAAGUGCUUACUCUGAUGCCCCAAGGGGGUCGUGGUCGAGUGGGCUGCCCAAACGUAAUGAAGCAAAAACAGGUGCAGACACAACAGCAGCAGGGCCUCUCUUCCAGCAGCGCCCGUACCCAAGUCCAGGAGCUGUUCUUCGGGCUAAUGCAGCAAACCAACCACCCAAAGAGUAAAAACCCGACACUGUGAAGACAGCAACUCAAACACACACCUGUACAGUUGGUCUUCAUUAUGCUCGCAUGUUAAACAUCCCUGUAAGACACAGGCUUUUCUUUUCAUUGUAAAAUGUGUUCAUGUCAGAAAUGAAGGGCUGAGCUUUUUGGACAGCUAGUGCAUUCAUACUCCUGCCAUGUAGAGCAUUUGUAAAUAUGUUUUUAUAUGACUUAGAGAUUGACUUCGUGUUAC